UGCCACCGCCGCCUGGCAGCUCGCACUCGCCCACUCGUCGGCUCGUGCUGCAGCAGUUCGCCUCGUCCUCUCGCCGGCAUCGCCGCCGAUGCGCCUCUAGUAUGACCGCCAAGAGCAAGCGAGCCUCCGAGCCACGCCGCGCCAACAAGCCCCUCAUGGAGAAGCGCCGUCGGGCUCGCAUCAACCAGAGCCUGGCCGCCCUCAAGACCCUCAUCCUCGACUCGGCCAAGGCCGACAACACCAAGCACUCCAAGCUGGAGAAGGCCGACAUCCUGGAGCUCACCGUGCGCCACUUCCAGCGGCACCGCAGUCUGGACAUCAAGGGAGUGCACCAGUACAAGGCCGGCUACGCGGACUGCGUGCGCGAGGUGCAGCGCUACCUGGACACGCCGGACGCCCAGACGAUGACCGUCGUCGACGCUGGCGUGCGCCAGCGGCUGCUCCGGCACCUGGACAACUGCGUCGCCGAGGUGGACGUGGACGUGCGAAACGCGGGCUUGCCGCCCCCCGAGGAGCGGCUCCAGCCCCCGGACUCGACGCUCGAAGAAGUCAACAAUAACCAGAACCGGAGCGAGGAGCCGAAGGAGGAUACGACAGCGAAGAAUUUUGUUCUGUUACUUCCCGAGCAUUAUCUCCAGUUGGCCAACGCUCUGGGGGUGAAUUUGAGGCACAGUGAGGGUGGAGCCGAUUCCGGGGCCUCCUCGGGGGAGAGUAGCGAUAGUUCGAAACAGUCAAGUGGGGAAAAACCGCUCGAUUUUAGCAAAAGUAACGACAAUUGUGAUAUGUGGAGGCCGUGGUGAUUUAACUGUUGGGAUUUUUUCUAUCUAGUCACACUUUUCCAAGACUUGAGCUACGCUGUAUUUUAUUAAACGCUUUACAAUGUUAGCUAAAUGUCUGUAAAUAAAUUGUACAAAACCGUACUGAAUGCGUUAAAUUUGUAUAUAAUUAUUUAUUGUAGAUAGGGUUUGUAAAUAAAUGAUUUAGAAAUAAA